AUGUCUGCAAGCAAUUCUAAUCAGAUGCCGACUAGUACCCCCAUUCUGGCGAGUGCAGGAAACAAACUGGGAAGCCCCGGAACCGGCAGCACAGGCGGGCCCGAAGAGGUUGAGCUUCGACGACAAAGCGUCCACAAUGGCGGAAUCCAAGAUCCGAACCCCCUUGACGCUCCUGGACCGGCAGGCAGAGGCGACCGGAACUAUACUGUCAUCAGUUGGGACGUCAACGACGCCGAGAAUCCGCAUCACUGGUCGUUUUUCAAAAAGACCUACAUCCUCACCCUGACAUGUAUGCUCGUCACUAAUUCAACCAUGAGCUCGGCCCUCCCCUCCAUGAUCAUCCCCCAGAUCAUCGGCGAAUUCGGCAGCGUCUCGCAGGAGCAGCAAGUCCUCCCCAUCUCCGUCUUCCUCCUCGGCUAUGUCUUUGGUCCCGUCGUCUGGGCGCCGCUUAGCGAACAGUUUGGCAGAAAGCACCUCACCACCGUGACGUUCCUCGCCUUUUCCAUCUUCACCAUGGCUUCCGCCCUGUCACCGUCAUGGUCGUCGUUGCUGGCGUUUCGGCUCUGCAGCGGCAUCUUUGCCAGCGCGCCCAUAGCCGUGGUAGCCGGUAUACUGGCAGAUAUAUACGGCGACGCUCGCGUGCGAGGCAAAGCAUAUUCCGCCUUCUUAGUCACAACCGUCUUCGGUCCCAUCUUCGGCCCAAUAGUAUCAGGAUUCGUGGCCCCGACCAUCGGCUGGCGCUGGGCCUUCUGGAUUGCCCUUCUCUACGCCGCCCUCACCUUCAUAAUGCUCCUCUUCCUCCCAGAGACCCAUCACCAGGUCCUGCUCGCCCGCCGCGCCAAGAGGCUCCGCCAGCAAAGCCAGUCCGUCACCAUCGUCGCCCCCCGCGACCUCGAAACCAUCGACCUCCCCCAGCUUGUCAGCAAGGUGCUCACCAGGCCCCUCCGCAUGCUCUUCUUCGAGCCCAUCGUCGCCACGACAUGCUCCUACCUCGCCCUCGCCUACGCCAUCUUCUACAUGUCCUUCCAGGCCUUCCCCAUCAUCUUCAGCUACCACUACGCCCUGCCCCCCGGCAUCACGGGACUCUGCUACCUGCCGAUCGGGGCAGGCGCCUUCCUGAGCAUGGUCUGCUUCUGGUGCUGGGAUGCCUACGUCGCUCGCGCCUCUUCCCGCGGCGCGGCGUGGCCCGCCAGCGAGGAAUACCGCCGUGUGCCGCUCGCCACCGUCGGCGGCCCGCUGUUCGUCAUAUCCCUCUUCUGGCUGGGCUUCACCACAAGGCCGGGCAUAUCCUUUGUGGUGCCCAUGCUCGCGGGCCUCCCCUUCGGCAUGGGCUUCCAGCUCAUCUUCAUGACCUUGUUGAACUACCUUACCGACGCGUACGAGGUCUACGCUGCCUCGGCAAAUGCUGCCGCCUCCGCGACGCGCUCCUGCCUGGCGGUCGUCUUGCCCUUGGCCACAAAAGCCAUGUUCAAUCAGCUCGGUGUGUCUGGUGCGUGUGCCGUCUUGGGGGGGCUCAGUGCUGCCAUGAGCGUGAUUCCGUUCGUAUUCUUGUGCAAGGGACAGGCUAUCAGGAACAAGUCGCCGUUCUGUAUUGCCCUGCGACGGGAAAAGGAGGACCUGUUGCGCAAGGAGGAACAGAGGCGCUUGGACAGUGGUAAAGUGGCCAACGGGACUGACGACGUUUGA